UUUUGUUGGGAAAAACCCGCGAAUAUAUGAUAUCAACUUAGCUUCGACAUGGAUCCGACCAGUGAAGACUUCGUCAUUUAAGCAAAAUUAAGGAGGGGAACGAAUCGCACCCGGUCUCCGACAAUUUUUUCAAAGUUAUGGAUCUAACCAAACCACUCCGCUGCAUCGUAAAACUGGGAGGUGCGGCUAUUACUUCCAAAAAUGAAUUGGAAACGAUACACGAAGAAAAUUUGGCGACGGUGUCGUCACAUCUGAGGAAAACUAUGGUUAGUGGCUCUUCUUCUGAAAAUACUAUUGGAAUGGAUUGGAGCAAGCAGCCUGGAAAAUCCGAUAUUGCGUGUCCUGCAGAUGAUUUCGGAGAACAUGAACUUGGCCUUGCGAGUCCCUUUAUAGUUGUCCAUGGAGCUGGUUCUUUUGGACAUUUUCAGGCAAGUAAAUCAGGGGUCCAUAAAGGAGGACUUGAUAGAUCCUUAGUCAAGGCUGGAUUUGUUGCCACACGUAUAUCCGUCACUUUGCUCAAUCUUCAAAUUGUUAGAGCCUUGGCGAGAGAGGGUAUUCCAUCUGUUGGAAUGUCUCCAUUUUCAUGUGGAUGGUCCACUUGUGAAAGGAAUAUGGAUGCAGUUGAUUUACAUGGGGUGUCUAAGGCUAUUAACUCCGGUUUUGUUCCUGUUCUGCAUGGAGAUGCCGUUUUUGACGAUUCCCUGGGUUGCACAAUAUUAAGUGGAGAUGUAAUAAUACGACAUCUUGCCGAGAAUCUGAAGCCUGAUUAUGUUGUGUUCCUCACAGAUGUUUUAGGUGUCUAUGAUCGUCCUCCAACCGAACCUGAUGCAGUCCUUUUAAGAGAGAUUGCUGUGGAUGGAUAUGGUCGUUGGUCUGUUAUACGACCUAUACUGCCUAACGGUAACAAAGAAGUUGAGAUAAGUGUAGCCGCGCAUGAUACAACUGGGGGAAUGGUGACUAAGAUAUCAGAGGCGGCAAUGAUUGCAAAGCUUGGUAUUGAAGUGUACAUUGUAAAGGCAGCAACAGUCCAUUCGUUGAGAGCUCUAAGUGGGGAAAUCCGAGGCAAAAUUCCAGAUGAUUGGCUUGGAACGGUCAUUCGAUUUUCAGGAUAAAGCCCCCACAAUCAGGUACUUCCACUGGAAUAUCCCUUUGUCUAUCAUCUACUCCUUAAAAUACUGUGGGAGAUUACUGCGCCAGAUAUACCUCUGUCUGGUUAUUGGAAUUUACUUGGUGCCAUUUUUUGAAAUUGGACUCAUCAAGAAUCUCCUUACUUUGAUGCACAAUGGUGUUUGUUUGGGGUGAAAGAAUGACUUGAUUUAAGGCUUAUUUGUGUAAUUGCUAUCAUUUACUUCAAA